GGUACAAUUUCAUUCUGAAAUUUAGUAAGGGAGAAAUGAGGCUGUAUAUAAUUUUCUCCUUCCAAAGCUUGAAAUCUAAUAUGGAAACGCAGGAGCACAAAACCAAAUGGUCAUUGUUUGAGAGAGAAUUCAUUUAGCAGUUUGCUUCUUUUCUGUGGCUGCUAGUGCCUUGCAGACUUUCAGACCACCUCUGAUAUUGACACAUUUAUACAUAGUCCUCACCAUCUAUUUAAAACAGAAGGCAAUAACACAGGAAGUCUUCUGGUUUUCGUUGUCCCUCAAGCUUUGGUCCAGCUGAUACGCAAGUCCUGCUAACAAGCUUGAAGGCGCGGCUCUUUGCUUCAGGAAACACCCAACAGAUUUACCUAGAUUAGGUAUUCAAUAUUGCAACAAAUUAUGAGACUGCUAUUCAAGAUAGCAGGAGAUAGCUAGACAUAGAACUUCUGCCCAGAGGCUAAUUCCAUGACUCAAGUCUUUGUCAAGCAGGUCAUAGAUUGAGUUGUUUCGUGGAAGUUGUGUUUUUCUAACUAAGCCCAGUAAAGAUCUACAUACACUUUAUUAUGUCAACAAAGGGACUGGAUUAUGAGUCCCUGAAUGAAAAUGUGAAGAAUACUCAAUAUGCUAUCAGAGGUGAGUUGUAUCUUCGAGCAUUGGAGCUCCAAGCGCAAGGGAAGGAGAUAAUCUUAACAAAUGUUGGAAAUCCACAUGCUUUGGGACAAAAGCCUAUAACUUUUCCUCGCCAGGUGGUUGCUCUGUGUCAAGCUCCAUUUCUGAUGGAUGAUCCGAAUGUGGGAGUACUAUUCCCUGCAGAUGCCAUUGCCAGAGCUAAACAUUACCUGUCAAUGACCUCGGGCGGUCUAGGUGCUUACUGCAACGGAGGUGGCCUUCUUGGUAUCAGAAAAGAGGUGGCAGAGUUUAUUGAGAAGCGAGAUGGGUAUCCAAGCGAUCCGGAGCUUAUAUAUCUGACAGACGGCGCCAGCAAAGGAGUGAUGCAAAUCUUGCAAACCAUUAUUCGAGGUCAAGGUGACGGGAUUUUGGUUCCUGUUCCACAGUAUCCACUAUAUUCAGCUGCCACAUCUUUAUUUGGUGGUUCUCUUGUUCCCUACUACCUCGAGGAGACAGCCAAUUGGGGACUUGAUAUUCAGAACCUUCACCAGUCAGUUUCUGAAGCCAGUGCUAAAGGAAUAACAGUACGAGCGAUGGUGAUUAUAAACCCCGGAAAUCCUACUGGACAAUGUCUUAGUGAAUCCAGUCUCAAGGAAAUAUUGCAGUUCUGUAACCAAGAGAAUCUGGUCUUGCUCGGAGAUGAAGUUUACCAACAAAAUGUAUACCAAGAGGAGCGUCCCUUUAUAAGUGCAAAAAAGGUUUUGAUGGACAUGGGUCCACCAAUGAGCAAACAAGUCCAGCUUGUGUCGUUUCACAGCGUGUCCAAAGGGUAUUGGGGAGAAUGUGGACAGCGAGGGGGCUAUUUCGAACUAACAAACAUUCCUCCACAGACAAUUGACGAAAUAUAUAAAAUUGCAUCAAUAUCCCUUACUAACUGCACAGGACAGAUAUUUUUAGGUAUAAUGGUCAACCCUCCUAAACCUGGAGACAUCUCUUACGACGGGUUUCUUAGGGAGAGCAAUGCAAUUCUUGGUUCACUUGGUAAGAGAGCCCGAAUAAUGACAAAAGGAUUCAAUAGCUGCAGAAAUGUGGUCUGUAAUUCUACAGAAGGUGCCAUGUAUUCCUUCCCACAAAUACGCUUACCUCCGAAAGCAGUUGAAGCUGCAAAGAGGGCUGGAAAAGUUCCUGAUGUUUUCUACUGCCUCAAGCUCUUAGAGGCCACUGGCAUUUCUACAGUCCCAGGUUCAGGGUUCGGACAAAAGGACGGGGUGUUUCAUCUGAGGACAACAAUCUUGGCAGCUGAGGAGGACAUGCAUGGAAUCAUGGCUAGUUUAAAGAAGUUUAAUGAUGAGUUCAUGGAGCAAUAUGAAGAUACAACAGAGGCUAUUCUAGGACUCAAUGAGUAAUGCUUCUGAUAAGCACCAACUCUACUCUGUACUAUAUAGUCUAUAUCAGAAUCUGCAUACUACUCUUUGCUGCUGUUUGGAGCUUCUCUUAAACGCAAACAUAUAUAUGACAUAAAACAAAAAAAUGAAUAAGAAUAACUUCCGAAUCUGUAAUAUACGAGUGUGUAUCAACAAGAUGCGCAUCUCUCAAAUAUUUUGAUUGAUGAAAUAUGUCAGGAGUAUAUGAUCUUUUUUCCCAUUAAA